AAUGAAUUAUGCUUGUGUACAUAUUUCUUAGGCACUGUUUGCACCAGUGAGAUCAGCUGAGAAGGCUUAUCAUGAAGCUCUAAACACAGAGCAGAUCACUGUGUCCUGCUUUGACAAGGCUCAUCAAAUGGUAAAAUGUGACCCAAGUGAUGGUAAGUACAUGGCAGUGUGUUUGCUGUACAGAGGAGAUGUGGUACCCAAGGAUGUGAAUGCAGCCAUUGCAAAGAUCAAGGCCAGGAAAAGCAUUGAGUUUGUGGACUGGUGUCCAACAGGCUUCAAAAUUGGCAUCAACUACCAGCCACCAACAGUGAUACCUGGUGGAGAUCUGGCCAAGCUGAGCAGAGCAGUGUGUUGUCUCACAGCCACAACAGCCAUCAAAACUGUGCUGCAACGUUUGUCCAGAAAAUUUGACCUCUUGUACUCAAAAAGAGCCUUUGUCCACUGGUAUGUCGGCGAAGGAAUGGAAGAAGACUUCUUCAUGUUCUAG